AUGUCAGAAUCGUCGCGACUCUCAACGCUCUUGGUCGGCAGCAGUGUCUUUGCGACAAUCUUCAUUGGAUUCGGCGUCAAUGCCAUAUUACGUCCAGACAAUGCUCUCACCUUUUUCGAGUUUGCACCACCCCUCGCACCCGCUGACAAGACGCUCGUCAAGUAUCUGAUGACCGUGUAUGGUGUCAGAGAUAUUUUUAUGGGUUUGGCCAUGAUUGCUGCUGCUUGGGCACGGGAGGCAAAGACGUUGGGUUGGAUCUGUGUGGCAGCGAGCAUGGUCGCAUUUGCUGACGGAGCGGUCUGUUGGCAUGCCGGGAAGGGUGAAUGGGGUCAUUGGAGUUAUGCGCCAAUGCUGACCAUCAUCGGAAGCCUGUUGAUCGGCAGGUCCGCCAGACCUGGAGCUUGA